UUUUCAAGGGACUUAUCGACUCUGCAAUGUACUUAACAGCUUCAAAGCCCAGUACGUUUAUAGCUGUCUUCACGUUUUGCCUGCUUGUGAGGGCUUGGCACUCCGUUGACGCACUUGAUAAGAGGUCUGGAGAUGAGCAUGAUGUCAUAAGGUUCUUUUCUACCGAUCUGGACGAGGACGACAUUAUCCUGAACGAGGAAAACCUUCGUCCAGAAUAUAGCCAAACAGAAGACACGGCAACCUUUGACGACUUCCGGUUACAAGGAAUUAUGAGAAACCUCAGAGAAAAAAAAAGUAAUGGAAAAAUAUGCCAUCAGCCUGGAAAAACAGUUCACGUGAAUGGAGAUGUUCUUCACGAGUGCACCGAUGACUGCUUAUGUAAAGAGUGUGUUCGGAGACCCUAAUACGUUGGCUGUACAGGCAGGAUAAUAUUGUCGAGUUGAUAAGACGAAUUACGGAUCAGGACUAUAAUUAUGAGACUGACGUAAAAUAAAAUUGCUUGUAAGAUGUAACUAAAUAGAAAAAUGAAAUAAAUAAAGUAAACGAAGAUCAUACCUUAUAACCCCAAAUACAUUUGUCAUUAGAAUCAGCCUGAAGUUUUCCCAGGUUAAAUGUUGAUAUAAAAAGUCGGUCAAAUCUGCUGGCUAACCGACAAUCGACACGUGUUCUUCAUUUCAACCCUCGGACGUACAAGGAGGAAGGGGGGAGGGGUGGUUGCCACCGCCCGGUAGUUUACUGCAAAGUUUAAAAAAGACGAUUUACUCUGAGAUGCCGAAACUUUCUAUAGCCUGUUCAUACAUCCUUAUCGAAAAAUUUGAUACGUCAAUUGUGUGUCCAUUCGUCGCCGUGGCAACCGUAAGUAAAUUUUUAUGCAAGUCUUGCGAAAAAUCUAUUUUUUUUAUAUAUAAUUCUAUGUUUUCCAGUUUUCUCCGUCAUUGCAGAAAUAUUGUCUUUUUUUUUUUCAUUUCACAAGUAUUUUGGCUUGAAUCAACAAUUUUUUUUGAAACGGAUUUCACUAUAAAAGCUAACGUUAAGAAACAACGACGUUUCCACCGGCCGGCCGUUCGACGGUCAUUUUCAAGUUGAAAGUAAAAUUUUUGUAUGUGCUCAAAUAUAUGCAAUCGAUUAUAAGAAUACUACUGAGACACUGACUUAAACUCUAAAAUAUUUACCUAGAAACAAUACAAGAAAAUUACGGCAUGAAUAAUAUACCAGUGAGACAAUCUCAG